AAAAUGGAACCCACCCAACAGUGUAAGGAGACCUGAAAGUGGCACAUGGCAGAGUCUGGCGAUGAAGUCAGCAGCAAUGGGAGGACCCAGCAAUGGGAGGCCGUACAGGGACCCAUGACAAACUCUGGACCUGGCAGCAGCAAAGAGGAGGCGGUACAGGGGCCCAUGGCAGAUUGGACCUGGCAGCAGUGUGAGGAGACCCGUAAAGUGGCACAUGGCGCAGGGUGGCGGUGGAGGCCAGCAGUAUUCGGAAGGACAUACAAAGGGGCUAGUUUAAAAAGCGAAGCCGUCAGCGCGUGA